AUGGACCCAAAACUAACAAAGCUGGGGAGGUCUCUCCCUGUGCCUUCUGUUCAAGAGCUGGUGAAGAAGCCACUGAAUACGGUUCCACCACAUUAUGUCCGACGUGAUCUAGAAACUCCGGUGAUCUUCAAUCACACUUCCUUGCCAGAGGUGCCGGUCAUCGACAUGUCAAAGUUGAUUUCCAGAGAUUUCAUGGAUUCAGUGCUGGAGAAGUUCCACCAUGCAUGCAAAGAAUGGGGUUUCUUUCAGUUGAUUAAUCAUGGAGUAAGCACAUCAUUAAUGGAGAAACCGAAGCUAGAAAUUCAAGAGUUUUCAGUCUCCCACUCGAAGAGAAGAAAAAUAUUCCCAAAAACCAAGAGAUACAGAGGGAUUUGGGCAGGCAUCUGUUUGAUGUUACAUGAUGUCAUUGUAACUGAGAGUGUACUUCAAGCUGAUCAAUCAUCUACGGAGACAAAGAUGUCGAGCUCUCUCCCUGUGCCUUCCGUUCAGGAGCUGGCAAAGGAGCCACUCACUACGCUUCCACCACGAUAUGUUCGUUCAGAUCAAGACCCUCCUUUCACAUCCAACGCCACUUCCUUGCCACCACUGCCUGUUAUCGACUUACAAAAGUUGCUUUCAGGAGACUUGACGGAUUCAGAAUUAGACAAGCUUCACGAUGCAUGCAAAGAAUGGGGUUUCUUUCAGUUGAUAAACCAUGGAUUGAGCAGUUCAUUGGUGGAGAAGGUGAAGAUAGAAACUCAGGAAUUUUUCAAUCUGCCAAUGGAGGAAAAGAAGAAGUAUUGGCAAAAAGAAGGAGAUACGGAAGGCUUUGGGCAGUUGUUUGUUUUUUCAGAGGAGCAGAAGCUUGAUUGGGCAGACAUGUUCUUCGUGAACACCCUCCCAAUUCAUUUGAGGAAGCCACACCUAUUUCCCAAGCUCCCUCUCCCUUUCAGAGAAAUCUUGGAAGCUUACUCGGUAGAACUAAGAGAUCUUGCCAUGACAAUCCUGUACCAAAUGGCAAAAGCUCUAAGAAUUGAGGCUGAUUAUUUCAAAGAAUUGUUUGAAGAAGGGAGGCAGGCCAUAGGAAUGAAUUACUAUCCUCCAUGUCCACAACCAGAGCUUGCUAUAGGCCUCAAUCCUCAUUCUGACGCUGGCGGCCUUACCAUCCUUCUCCAGCUCAAUGUGGUGGAAGGCCUUCAAAUUAAGAAAAAUGGGAUGUGGGUUCCUGUUCAACCCCUACCAGGUGCUUUUAUCAUCAACAUUGGAAACAUUUUAGAGAUUGUAACCAAUGGAAUUUACCCUAGUAUUGAGCAUCGAGCAGUAGUAAACUCGGCCAAAGAAAGGCUCUCAAUUGCCACAUUCUACAGCCCCAAAAUAGACGGCAAUAUGGGUCCAGCGCCAAGCCUUCUUACACCAGAGACUCCGGCGUUGUUUAAGACAAUGAGCGUUGCAGACUACUUCAAGGGAUUCUUUUCCCGACAACCGCAAGGAAAAUCAUACCUUGAUGUCUUGAGGGUUCAAAAUGAGAAUGAGAGUGAUUGAGUAAAGUGGAAAUUCAAAGGUUUGGUUUGUUUAAAAAGUUUCUUAAUAAUUGACAGGGCAUUUGUUUGAUGCUACAUCUUGCCAUUGUAAUUGAGUAAUUCUGGCUAGUUUGUGACCGAGAUUCGAGGGACCAAUUUGAGAUUAAACAAAGUUUUACGCUUGUAUAAUUAUAAAUAAUUGACAGGACAUCU